AUGGCUUCUCAGAAGACAUCCAUCAAUGACAGCACUGUCGACAACCCAGUCAAGGUCGAUACUAGCAGCCCAAGGAAGCCUGAAACCACUGAGGGCCAUCUGGGUUCCUCCACCGAUGCCUUGAAGCACACUCUACCCGCGGAGCCCCAGGUCAGCCCAUCUCUUACCCACGCAACCUCAGAGACAUCACAUCAGGAUGGUCGGGCUUGCGAGAGGUCACCGAGCUCAAAGAAGCGAUUCCUCUCCGAGACACCCGAUGAUUCACCCAGUAAGAAGAGCAAACCAGUGCCAAAAGAGCCCACUCGACGCUCCCCAAGCCCACCUAACGUCCCAGCUACUGUUGUGGACAAGGAGACAUGGCAGGGCUACUGUGAAAUCGAGUCCGACCCGGCCUACUUCUCUGUCAUCCUUCGUAAUAUUGGCAUUCAAGGCAUCGAUGUCCAGGAGCUCCACAUGGUGGAUCCGGACCAUCUCACCACACUGCCUCCAAUCUAUGGCCUGGUCUUACUCUUCCGUCACCGUGAAUUUGAUCAGCACAAGCAAGAAGGUGUCUGUCCAGAUAAUGUGUGGUUCGCCAAUCAGAUGCCUGGUCAGAACAGUUGCGCCACCCUCGCUAUGAUCCACACACUCCUCAACGUUGUGGAUCCGAACAUUGACAUUGGCGAGCACAUGCGCCAGUUCAAGGACUUCACCGAAAACAUGACUCCUCUUCAGCGCGGCCACACCUUUGCAAGCUGGAACUUCGUCAAGAAGAUCCACAACUCCUUCGCCAAAAAAAUGGACAUGCUCGAGAACGACAAGUACAUCGCCAGCAAAGCCACCCGGGCGGUUGAGGAGGAGAAGCGCAAGGCUGCAAUUCCGAAGAAGACUGCAGAUACGAAGAAGACUCCGAGGCUUCAGACGAAGUCGGGUUCUAGGACAGCACGACGGAAUUCUGAAGACAGCGUUCAAAGCAUUGACUCCGUGGACUCUUUCGAGGAGAACGCCCACCACUACCUCGCUUUCGUGCCCAUCGAUGGUAAGGUCUGGAAGCUCGACGGCAUGGACAAGCAACCCACACUCAUGGGUGAAUACGACAAUAAGCAAGGCGAAAUGUGGUUCGACGCCGUUUCCGACCGCAUCAACACGCUCAUCGGAGCUGGCGACAACGACUACGGCAUCUUUGCCAUCACGCAAUCUUCUCUUGUGCCACUUCGCAACAAAUUAUGUGAAGCCGACAACACAGUCAAGCAUGUGGACAGUCGGUUGACUACGUUGAGCGCCGACUGGAAGGAGUUUAUGGAUGAAGAGUAUCGCGAGCCUCCGAGUCCGAGCUUCAUGGGCUCAUUCAGCGAGGAACAGCAAACUGCAAACCCCAUCCCUAGCAGUAUUAAAGCUGCUAUCGACAAGGAGGGUGUGUCGGAGCUCUUGAAUCGGCAUCGCAAGUUGGUUACGGAGAUGAGACAAGUUGUGUUGGAAUACACGGAAAAAGAACAAGAGGUGUUUGAGCAGGACGAACGUGCUGAGGCACGUCGCUGGGACUAUGGCCCUGCCAUUCAGGCUUGGAUUGGCAUGUUGGCCGAGAACGGCUUUCUCGAGGAGAACCUGAAAUUCUUCGAGGAGCGGAAGUGA